CUUCGUUAGCCUGCCAACCUGCUUUACAGUUGGCCUUGUAAAGGGGUAAAGCUCAGGUAAAACAAGACGCCCACCUGGCCCAGAGUCCACCCUCCAUCAUGUCCCCAUCGGCCUGUGGACACUGACACAGCUCCCCUGACACCGUGCAGAGGAAAGCAGCUGGAGGGAAGCCGGCUAGCAUGCAGCACUGGCCUGGUGUCUCCAGGAGGCGGCGCUGCUGAGAGGUGAUUGGUCGGUGAUUGGUCGGUGAUAGGUCGGUGAUCGGUCGGUGAUAGGUCGAGCUGAGCUUAUGUCUGCUGAACCGGCCAUGGACGACUUCACCACCAGGACGUACGGCACAAGCGGCCUGGACAACAGACCUCUGUUCGGGGAGACUUCUGCUCGGGAUCGGAUCAUCAACAUGGCGGUCGGGGGAUUCACCUCUGUGGUCGUUCUAGUAACUGUGAUCGGUUCCUUCGUGUUCCCUUCACUGCCUCCACGACCGCUUAAUGUCUUCUUCGCCGUGUGCAUCCUGUUAACCUGUGGAUCCACCAUAGUGCUGAUCUUCUGGUACCGACAGGGCGACCUGGAGCCCAAAUUCAGGAACCUGAUCUAUUACAUGCUGGCGUCCAUCGUGCUGCUAUGUCUAUGUGCCAACCUCUACUUCCAUGAUGUCAGGUAAAGACGAGGAGGAGGAGGAGGAGGAAGAAGAAGAAGAAGGGAAGACAUGGCCUUGACAGACGGAGACACAUGUGGAAGGACUAAAUGAUGGACCGACAGUGACGGAAAUACAUGACUGAAAAAAACAAAAACCAAAAAAAACCAAAAACUAAUCACACACUAACUUGAAUGAAGUUCCCACCCGGCUCACAGAGGAGCUGUCGGACCAAAACCAGUGAGACUUUAAUGGUUCCAGUGGGAUGAAAACUGUCUUGUUGGUACCGAAUAAUACACACACACACACACACACACACACACGACUUCACAAUGUAGAAAUCAUGAUGUACUGUACGAGGCCAUAAAUCUGCCUGGAGACACACACAGCUGGAGGAAGAAGUUAAAGAGGAGCAGGUGUGUUUACAUGCACAUAAACAUCAUUAUUCAUCAUUAUUACAGUCAUACUAAUGUAAUAAUGACAUGGUAAUAAUAUGAAGCUCUUCAAUGCAAGAGUUUGAUAUGAUGAGGUCAUAAUGAUGAAUAGUUAAAGGAAAAAUCUGCCCUUUCUUUUGUGUUGUAUUACAAAUCAAUGUCUUUUACAUGUUUUUCUCAGAUUGACUAUAUUUAUAUCUUUAAACACAUUGUUAUAAUAACUAUUCUAAGCAUCACUGCCUUUAAAGUCUGUGUUCACAGACCACAUUUUUGACGACAACUUAAUCAUUCCAAACUCCAAUAAAACACCUGCCGAACCUCCAUUCAGACAGAAUGAAGCAUUUUAACCAUCUGGAAAUUACAACUUUAUUUACAGUCAUUCCACAAGACAAAGACAAAAGAUAAGAAGACGUCAGUCAGUGUGACCUACACUUCCUGAGGACAUCGCUAUCUGUGUACCACUUCACUGCAAGACGACCCUCAUAAAGGAUUAAUGAAUGGUUUAUAAUCAGGUUAUUAAUUGGCUUGUUAACACUUAAUAAAUCAUAAAUAAACAA